UGCUCUUGCUGUACAUUUGUAAGUAAGCAAGGCGUCUGCUGCGAAAAAUAUUCAUUAUAGUUGCUGAAAAUAAGUUGGUUCGUUGAAUUUAACAAAGACAAGUGCAAUGGCUGAUCUAAACGAUUCCAAUGGAAAUUACGACGAUAACGACGAGCAAAUUUCGGAACCCGAGCAGCUACGUAAGCUGUUUAUCGGCGGCUUGGACUACCGAACCACCGAUGAGGGCCUCAAGGCGCACUUCGAGAAGUGGGGCAACAUUGUCGACGUUGUCGUCAUGAAGGAUCCGAAAACGAAACGCUCGCGAGGAUUUGGCUUUAUCACGUACUCGCAAUCGUAUAUGAUCGAUAAUGCACAGAAUGCGCGUCCCCACAAAAUUGACGGACGCACCGUGGAGCCAAAACGUGCCGUGCCGCGACAGGAAAUCGAUGCACCCAAUGCCGGUGCCACAGUGAAGAAAUUAUUUGUUGGCGGUCUGCGCGACGAUCAUGACGAGGAGUGCUUGCGCGAGUACUUCAAGGAGUUUGGCCAAAUUGUGGGCGUGAACAUUGUGUCCGAUAAAGAUACUGGAAAGAAGCGCGGCUUUGCGUUUAUCGAGUUCGAUGAUUAUGAUCCCGUGGACAAAAUUAUCCUGCAAAAGACGCACAACAUUAAGAACAAGACGCUCGAUGUGAAGAAGGCAAUUGCCAAGCAGGACAUGGAUCGCCAAGGUGGUGGCGGCGGCGGUGGUGGUGGUGGCGGCGGCGGCGGUGGUGGCCGUGGCGGUCCUGGCGGCCGUGUUGGUGGUCGUGGCGGAGAUCGUGGCGGCCAAGGCGGCGGCUGGGGCAACAAUCGUCAGAAUGGUGGCGGCAAUUGGGGCUCCGGUGCUGGGGGCUUUGGCAACAACGGCAAUUUUGGCGGCAGCCAAGGCGGCUCCGGUGGCUGGAAUCAACCGAGCGGCCCCUGGAACAAUCAGGGUGGCAACAGCGGUGGCGGCGGCGGCGGUGGUGGCUGGAACAAUGGCGGCGGCUACAGCGGCGGCGGUGGAAACAGCAACGGCAGCUGGGGUGGUGCCAAUAGCGGGGGCAGCUUCAGCAACGAUUACCAACAGAGCUAUGGCGGCGGCCCACAGCGCAACAGUAACUUUGGCAACAAUCGCCCAACACCAUACAACCAAGGCGGUGGCGGUGGCUUUAACAAGAGUGGCACCCAGGGCAGCGGUGGUGGCCAGGGCGGUUUUAAUAGUGGCAAUAACUACAAUACAAGCCAAGGAGGCAAUAUGGGCGGCAAUAGACGCUACUAGCCGAGGUAAACACUUACAAAAUCAGUUCAAGCUAGACAAAAAGGCAGUCUAGGCACAGGCACAGGCAGAGAGAGAGACAGGCAGGCAAUCAAUGACAGUGAGAGGCAGUUAAAAAAUCUGGGCAAGUCAGGCAGACAAGAUAACAAGCAAUAACAAAAAAUAAGCAAGUAAUCAGCAGCAGCAGCAGCUAAACAGAAAAUGCAGUUUGCAGUUAUCAGGCAAUCGACAUUGUGCCCUCAAGACCAGCCUAAGCAACUAACUAAUCCCAAUAAAAACAAAAAAAUUAAAAAAAAAAAAAACCAAAUAAAAACCCAAAAACAAUACAAAAAACUAAUUAUGUUUGAUAAAAACCAGAGCAACCGACUCACUUCAACAAUAUCAACAACUUAUUGCUAAUGUCUUGUCUCAAUUAUACACACAUACAUUUAAUUUUUAUGAUCAAUUCGUGUUUAGGAUAUUAAGAACCUUGAACGCUUAGUUUUAACUAAAUUAACACAACAUGCAAAAAACAAAAAAAAAAAAAUACAAAAAAAAAACCAAACAAAAAUCAUAUAUGCCUAAAUCAGAGAAAUAUACUAAACCUAUAAAAUUUUAUUUAUACAAUUGACUAUGGAUAAUGAAUGCAUCUUAUGCAACGAUUCUCUUUGAGAAUCGAUUGCCUAUCGAUUGAUUGUGAAUUUAGGUGGCCGCGUAAGCAGCUUCCGUUAAAAAAAUAAAGGUAGUGUACCUUUGAAAUUCAAUUUAGAUCGUAGAUCAACGAUAACGAUGCUCGCUCAUUGUCGUACUUUCCACUUUCUCUAAUUUUAUAGCAAAGCAGCGAAAACAAUUUUUAAGUAAAAUAUAUAGAAAGAAACCUAUUUUGUAAUACAUUUUUUUAUAUAUUUAAGCAUUUUUAUAUAUGAAUGAUUUCAAUUAUUUGAGAAAAUACUACUACCCCCUACAAGAGUCAAAUCCUGUUAAUCCAUAAUGUGAUCGAUGAAUGAUUACAACAAAAACUAUUACAAACAAGCAAAUUCCGAAUAUGUGAAUAUGCAUUACCGUUACAUACCAAUUUUGUUAGCGUAUAAGAAAGACGUAUGUAGCUGCUACAACAAUUGAUUGAUUUUUGGUACAAAACUACAACUACAAACAAUACAAAAUUAAUAAGAUACCAUGAAAUUGUCUGUAAUUAGUAAAUUACGAGGUAAAAACGAAAGCUAAACGAAAAAUAAAACUAAUGUUACCCACCCGAAAAUUUCGACUACAGAGAGCAGCACAAACAAAAAAAGAAAUCCACCCGCGGCCAGAGGAAUCUAUGAAUCUGUAUCUAUAUAUAUGCAGAACAAUCAAAACAAAGAUAUAGUGAGUUCUGCACUAAGGUAGGCAAACUGUGUAUGUAAUGAGAAACCAAAAGAGAAGCGCUUUUGUAGAUUAUUACCGCAAUAUUGCAUUACCGCACUUUGCGUCAAGUUUAAACAACUAUAAACAUGUUGGAAUUCGCUUACUAAUACACUACGUGUUUCUUUUGCAAGACUGGCUGAAGUGCUGGAUACUGAAUUGCGUGGCAACGCUGGUUCCCAAGGAGCUCGAGCUCUCUUAGGAUUUUUGGUUGGCGUGGUUGCACUUAACUGGAGCUAUUGCUUCAAGGACCAAGGUAAGUCUGGGUAUAUAAACCAACUACAUUCUGUCAUUUUUACGGAAAGUAAUGCAAAUAAAAUUAAUUCCAUAAAACUCAA